AUGGAUUUCCCACAAGAAAACCACAUUUACAUCAAAGAAUUGAUUGAUGACGCUUUGGGACUCCCGGUAUCUGCAGAUGCGUUGCAACUCAAACUCCGUGCCUCCGAAGAUGCUUGCCUUCGCCUUCGUAAUCAGUACUUGUGUCUCCUUACCAAACUCAAAGAAAAGGACAACGUUAUAGAAAGCACUAGGGCGGAGUCAAGUAUGAAUGCUGUGGCGUUGAAGAAAUUCAUUGAAGAGAACCAGAAAUUGGCCACGGAGUGUUCGAAUUUGUUGGCGCAGUGCAAUAAGUGGGAGAGGGAGUGCUUGCUUUAUGAUAACGAUCGUGAGGCUUUGAUGGAUUUUGCAAAUGAGGCAGAUGAGAGGGCCAAGGAAGCAGAGAUUCGGGUCCACAAAUUGGAGGAGGAGAAUAAGAAGUUGUCUGAGGAUUUGCAUCUCUACAAAUGUCGGUGCGAGAAACAUAUGAUUGAUGCAUGUGCUGAUGGUACAUCUACGGAACAGACUUUACUUGAUUCAUUAUUGGCAACUAUGUUUGGCAAGUAUGAAAUCGUAUCAACUGCACAUGAUUUUUUAGAGGCCUAUAGUGGAAUUGAAGUUUGCCAAAAGAUUCUGAAAAUGUGGUACAGUUUGAGGCCAUCAACUCAGAAGGUUGUGGCACUGGUGGCUGAGGCAAAGAAUUUGGAGAAAGACAAGGACCAUUUAACGAUUAACCUGCAUAGAGCUGAAAAGGAGGUAAAACUUCUGUUUCAAGAAAACAACAUAUUAGAUAAGGAAAAUAAAAGGUUAAUGAGGCAAUGCUAUAGAGAACAGAAUGCUGCUGCUUCUGGUGGAAAAUACUCGAGCAGUGGUUCUAUGAAGGGGAAUAAACGAAAAUCUAGCCUUAAGUUGAGCAGUCCAGUGGAUACGAAAAUUGAUCUCAGCGAUAUCAAUUCACUUAGGCAGCCUCUCUCGCCGUUGCAUCCCAACUCGCCUGAAUCUAAAAUGCACAAGAAGUAG